AUGUCGUUUGAUAAUAAUACUCCAACAACAACUACUGGUAGCACGGCAAAAUCCAGUAGUGGAACUGAAUAUGGCUACAGUGAUGGCCACCAACUGAGUAACUAUCGCGGACAACAUUACAGAGGACGCGGUAGAGGCAAUAGUAAAGAUGGUUCGUAUAGAGGCAGAGGAGGAAGUUCGUAUUAUGGAGGAUAUGGAGAUGGAAGAGGGGGAACUAGCGGAGCUGGGCGAUAUAAUUACUACGGGAGUAGUAGCAGAGGUAGAGGAACAUAUAAUCACAGUUUUAAUGGCAGAGAUACAUAUUCCCCUAAUGAUCAACAUGGCGAGAGCCAACAGCAGGAGAAACAGACUGAGGGUAGUACAAGUCCGAAAGAAAGAGAGACAGAAACGACUGGCUUUGAGACAGAGAAUAGAGGAAGUUCAGGAUCAUAUCGCGGAUCGUAUCGUGGCCAUUAUAGAGGUGGGUACCGAGGACGAGGAGGUCAUUAUGGGGGCUUUCCUCAUAGCAAUGGUUACGACCCGAAACACUCAAAUGGAGAUCCGAAGGGUACCAGUCCAAGAUUCUAUAAAGAUACAAUUUCGCGAGAUAAACUAAAAUCUUUCAAUAAUCCCUGGAUUAAUAUCAUGGGAAUAGUCGAUGAGCAAACACAGAACAAGCUAGAGGCUCGAUUCAACGAAUUAUCCAAAGUAGAUAAGGAGAUUAUGGAAUUACAGAAAUCAAAGUUAAAAUUGGAAAAUUAUAUGGCUAGUUUAGAAAAGCAGGCUACACGGGAAGAAUUGCAUGUUCAAUUAACAAACGAGAAACUAGAAGAGUUUACGUAUCUCUAA